GGUACCGUGAGAGCACAUACAGAGGUUUAGGGGUGGGAUUAUCAUGGCGGCGGUGAAAAUCUUGAUAGCGUCGAUCUUGGUAAUUACAGCAUCUCUGUGUUGGGUAUCGUCGGCUGAUUCGCCUGAAGCUGCUUUCGUCAAAAAGACCAUCUCUGCCCACAAGAUCGUCAUCUUCUCAAAGUCCUAUUGCCCGUACUGUAAGAGGGCAAAAGCCGUGUUCAAGGAGCUGAAUCAAGUUCCGUUCGUUGUGGAGCUUGAUGAGCGAGAUGAUGGAUGGAGCAUUCAGGAUGCGAUGAGUGAGAUUGUUGGUAGGCGCACUGUGCCACAGGUUUUCAUUAAUGGAAAACAGCUCGGAGGCUCAGAUGAUACUGUUGAAGCAUACGAGAUUGGAGAGUUGGCUAAGCUAUUAGGUAUUAAGGAAGAAGGCAAGCAUGAUCUCUAAGUCCACAAUCAAAAAAGAAUGUUCUUCUCUCGAGUAAAUUUUGAAUUUUAUUACUUUUAAGGUAUUUCUUUCUUUUAUUU